AUGGAAAUGACAUUGAAAAAAGAAUUGGAAGCGACAAAAUCAGCUCUUAAAAUGCAAACAAUGCGUUGUCGUCAUCUCGUCGUGGCUUUUACGAAAAAAUUACACGAAAAAGAAAUGGAAUUGAGAGCGAGUAAAAAUUUAAGGGAUCAACAAUUGAGUCUCCUCCUUCGUGCACUUCUCAUACUCGAAUCGAGAAUAAAAAAAGAACAAAAAUUAAUUUGUCAACAACUCGAAGAAAAGGAUUUGAUCAUUGAAAAACAAGAAAGGGAAAUAUCAAAGUAUAAAAAAUACGGGAGUGAAGGUAUGCGAAACGUGGCGUCGAAGGGAAAAGGAAAAAAUGGUAAAUUGGAAAAAAUUGGAAAAUCCAAUUCAACCUGUGGUACCGCGACCGGUGAAGAAAGCGAAUACGAAAUAAACGUUAAAAGAGAUGAGAACAACGCAUUCAUAGAUAAUCCAGUUUUAGAAUCCGUGAAUCAGAUUUUAUUGAGAGACGAAGAAGAACUUUUGAAAAUUGGUAAACCCAUAGCGAUUAAUUUAAACGAAAAGGAAAUGGAUGGAAACGGAGGAGAUGACACGACGGAAUGGUACGAAACAAAUAGUAACGACGUACUUUCGAACGAGAAAAUAAUUUCAAACGACGAUUGGAAUUUAAAUAUAAUAGAUAAAAAAGACGAAUACGACUCGAUGACGGUAAAAGAUGAUGGCGGUGGUGGUGGUGGUUGUUGGAUUAAUGAAAAAACAUCACCCGUGAAAUCACAACAUUUAGAAGAGAAAGCGUGUUUAGAAAUGUCUAAAAAAAAUUUAACAGUCGUUGAUUUAGAUGAAAUAAAUAAUUGUGAAACGUUAAAAAACGAGCGAACAAUUAGCCCUGUUAAAAGUACUGCAUCCUACGAAGAAAUUUUACCAAUUUCGUACGGUGUCAAUUACAACAACAACAACCACAACAACAAACCACCCGUUCAUUCGUCACAAAAACCACCGGCUCUCCCUCCGAAACCAGCACGAUUGUUAAAACCUCAUCAGGUAUUACAGAAAAAGAAUGCGGAAAUCCAACAGAAAAAUUUUAACGCUGCUCCCACGACGACGACAACGACGACGACGGCAACAACAAACCAUAUAUCGAAAUCAUCGGAUAAUUUAGGAACGAAUGUUAUUACUCAAUCGUCGAAUUUGGGUCAUUCGCAACCAAAAAAGUCAGUCGUAAUAAAUGAAUUAAACGAAACGUCGAUAAAUAAACGUCACGGAGGGGGUCCAGGAAAAUCAACCGCAGAAGGAAGUAAAACAAAUUCGAGACAAACGGAAACGAGUUCGAAAUUGAAAAAAAAUCACGCGAAUCAUAGUCACGUACAAAGUUCCUCGGAAAUAAUGAAAAAUUCAAACGUUUCGUCGUUUGUUAAGCAAAAAAAAAAAAAAGGUGAAGACAUUAUGGGAAAUUGCAGAGCCAUUAAAAUCGGGUCCUCCGUGUCGUCAUUAAUAACUGGUUUAUCAAGGGAUACGAUAGUCACGGAAUUAAGUAGCGGAUCUUUCAAUUCUCACGAAGACGUGUCACACGUGUCUCAAUUAGUCCGACAGUUUGAAGUUUUAGGAAAAUACAACAACAACAACAACGACGACGUCGACGACGCACGCGGAGAAAACGAUAUAAACGACAUGAGGAAAAAUUUCGAAGAGUUUAAAUUAGAAGAAAGUUAUGCGGAAUCGGAGGAAAAUGGCGGGAGGCACGACGGAGACGGUGCAGAAAAUAAAAACAUGGUUAAUUACUAUGCCACAUUAACAAUCGUGCCGCCUCCGCUACCGAAAGAUCCGCCUCCGGUUACCGAUUUGGAAUAUAAAAUGUACGAAACGUUUUUAGAAAACACAGGAUUAAGUCAAAAAUCAAUAUUGACCCCCAGCAGAAUGCUUAGCAAUCACAGGAGUUGUUUAAAACCGAAAGAUGUUAAACACAGGAGCCGAGUCAAAGCAGCUGCCGCAAUUGAAAAAUGCAACAUGAAUUCAUCCAACGGAAGUUCUUCCACUGUCAAAUAUUGGACGGAACCGUUUUUAUGA